GCUCAACAUUUUGCUCAGUGGGCUGUUGUCAUCCAAAUGCGUUAACCCUUUGACAGUUUUCCUGUCAAAGUGUUAUGUGAAAUAAAAAUUACAGUGGUGUUUGUUGCUAAUUCUAAAAUUUGACUCAAGAAUCUUUUAGAAAUUCCUUAGUGCAUUUUAUUCCCCAAAUUUGCAAAAAUGCCGGCACCUGCACCAGUCGCCGAAAAUGGGGCCCCCCGAACCGAGCUGCAGGAGCUCCAGCUCCGGGCUGGGCAAGUCACCGAUGAGUCUCUGGAGAGCACCCGGCGCAUGUUGGCACUAUGUGAAGAGAGCCACGAGGUCGGGAUGAAAACCCUGGUCAUGCUGGAUGAACAGGGCGAGCAACUGGACCGUAUCGAAGAUGGCAUGGACCAAAUCAACGCGGAUAUGCGAGAAGCCGAAAAGAACCUCACAGGGAUGGAAAAAUGUUGCGGACUUUGCGUUUUACCGUGUCAGAAAGGGUCGUCGUUCAAAGAGGACGAAGGCACAUGGAAGGGUAACGACGAUGGAAAAGUCGUGAAUAAUCAACCGCAGAGGAUGAUGGAUGAUCGUAACGGUCUAGGACCGCAAGGAGGCUACAUCGGUCGCAUCACAAACGACGCACGCGAAGAAGAAAUGGAAGAAAACAUGGGACAGGUUAAUACCAUGAUCGGAAAUUUGCGCAACAUGGCCAUCGAUAUGGGCUCGGAGUUGGAGAAUCAAAACAGACAGGUCGAUCGUAUCAAUCUCAAGGGCGAGUCCAAUGCAACGAGGAUAGAGGUGGCCAAUCAACGUGCCCACGAUCUUCUCAAGUAGACACACAACACAAUAACACUAAUAUUUUUACAGACUUUGAUUGCAAGCCUGAUCCGUUCCUAUUAUUUUUCUACAAUUGGAGAAUCUAUACUAUAAAAAACGAAAUUAAACGUUUUUGUUUAUUUUGAAGCAUAUUUGCUGUUGUUUUAGUGUGUAAAGUGUCGUGGGGUCGGAUCAGGUUGGGCUGUAGUUUUUUGUGAUGGGGCACACUGGUUAUAUGUUUGUUGGUUAGGGUGAGAGCAACGAAACGCGCAUUGCAGUGGCAAACCAGCGUGCCAACAAACUCCUCAAGUCCUAAGGGGAGUGGGACACAAGUCGCCUUUUAUACUCUUCUAUCAAUUCUCAAUGUUAUGGCUUAGUGUUAAUAGUUUACGAGUAUUACUAUAACAUUAUAAUGUAAUAGUUAAUAUUUAAAAAGGUCAUGGCCGGUUUUUGCUGCAUCCAGUAGAGCUAACCGUUUAUUGGCAAAAUUUUUCUAAAUUAAUUUAGCGUUAAUGAUGCAGUUACGUUCCUAAUUAUGCUCAUUUCGUACACUUGUGAACGCUUAACAUACACGUAUUAGCUCUUUGUAAAACUGUCUGUAGUUAGGAUGAAGCACAAAAUUUGCACUCUUCCUGGAUUAAAUCCCACGUUCAGCUCUUUUCAUGCAGGAAAAAAUCAGAUGUUACUUACAAAGCCGUCUCCUCGGCUGUUGGAUUUUCUCAAGGUGUGGUGCUAAUUUCCGGCGCUUAUACUUAGCCCUAGUACCUAACUUGUACCAAGUAUUCAAAUACUUACUAUAUGUGAUGUGAGUUUUUUUUUUGGAAGAUUGAAGUUGUUGAGUCCACAUUGUACAUAAGGUUGUCGCUGUAACUGUAUAUAUUGUUGGUAUAUGCACUAGAAUCACAAGGAACUUGCCCUAUCGGUAUCAUAUUUUCGAAAUUAUCAAAAAUUUCAAAUUGAUUUGUUGAAGGGUGAGUUCAGAACGAAUUGUUUUUGUUGAUGUUUGGAACAGUUUAUACAAAUUGUUAGGGGAACAGGGAAUGGAAGCCUGAAAGGCAUGUAGCCUUUUUUUCUAGUUAAAAUGCAAUCUCUGUGAUUAGUCAUAUCCAAAUUGUUCCCACACGGGUGUGAAUAUUUUUGUCUUGACAUCUUCCAUUAUUUAAAAGUUUUUGUUUUUCAUUAUGUACAGUAUUUAAGUUUUAGUGCUAGUUCUUUGAUAGUGUUAAGAAUGGACGA